AUGGGGAUAAUUGCCUACUGGAAUCGAGGGGAAAAAAAUCUAGUUACCUCUCAAUCUUACGCUGCCGGUUCCAUAACAAUAACUAGUGGAGUAGUAGGAAUAACCAACAGAGCGUUUAAAGAUUUUGUUUUAGAACCGAUUAAAAACGGAUUGGAACAGUUAGAAAAUAACCGCUCCAAGCUUUUAAAAUAUCGUUAUAAUACAUUUACCAUGCGAGAAAUAAUAAUUGUCAAAGACAAUAUUCCCAAAAUAAAAACUUUUUUGGAGCGGGAACAAAUUAACUACGAAAUUCAGCAAGAACCCAAAAAUUUGCCGAACGAAAAAUUACUGGAAUACUUAGAAACCAAGAGUAAAGAAAAUAUUUUCGCUGAUUAUGACGAAGCCCUGAAAGAUAAAGAACUUGAAGCCGAAAAAAGAUUAUUAGAGGAAAUGGACGACGAGGAAUGA